AAUCAUUUCCGAUACUAGAAGGAUAAAAGGAUAAAACCUCUGAUGACGCUGCAAACAGCAAAAACCUCCAUUCCUUCUUUGCUUUCCUAAUUUCUUUUCAUAAUUCACACAACAAUGGCUACCUCUAUGCUCUCACCACCGAACCUUCUGUCCCUGGCAGCCCCAUCACCAAGUUCCUCGUCCUCAACCUUAUACUUUAAACCCGCCACCCAUCUCUCGCAGCCAUUUUCUCUGAAGUUGGUGCCUUCUAAACGCAAUCGGAGACCCUUUGCGGUGGCCGCAGAGGAAGCCGCGGUCACUACAUCGGUGGACCCUAAAUCGGAGGCUGCAAGGAGGCUCUAUGUUGGCAACAUUCCUCGUACUGUCACCAACGAUGAGCUCAAGAACAUCGUUGAAGAGCAUGGCGCUGUUGAGAAAGCUGAGGUUAUGUAUGAUAAAUACUCUGGACGGAGUCGUCGCUUUGCAUUUGUUACGAUGAAAACUGUUGAGGACGCAAAUGCAGUUGUUGAGAAACUUAAUGGCACUGAAAUCGGAGGACGUGAGGUCAAGGUAAAUAUAACCGAAAAACCUUUAUCAACAGUAGAUACAUCUUUCCUUCAGGCCGAGGAGUCCAACUUUGUUGACAGCCCCCACAAGGUAUAUGUGGGAAAUCUGGCCAAGACAGUAACAUCAGAUACGCUUAAAACUUUUUUCUCUGAGAAGGGAAAAGUUCUUAGCGCCAAGGUCUCACGGGUUCCGGGGACCUCAAAAUCGAGUGGCUAUGGUUUUGUUAGUUUUUCUUCUGAUGAAGAUGUUGAAGCAGCAAUCUUGUCUUUCAACAAUGCCUCACUAGAAGGGCAAAAAAUUCGUGUGAAUAAGGCUUAGAGAAUUAAUCAGCAGUGUUUUGAUCCCAGGCAAGUACAGAGUAUGUUGUUGUGUUAAGCUGAAGUCACAGAAGAAUUCUAUUAUUUCCCCAUCUUGUAUAGCAUAGACCUCAUCAUCUUCAGUUGUUAAGGUUCUCAUAAGACAUGAGAGUAGCGUAGCGGUCAAAAUUUUCAUUGCAGGUGGUGCGCCUUUACUCCUAUGUAUUGCAAUCUCACUACUUUUUCAUGAUUUAUGUUGCUCCUCCUUUAUCUAUGGGAAAAAAGAAAAAUGUUGCUCCUUUCUCUGAUUUAA